UUUUAUGAGCAACCAUGUCGGAAACAUCUAAAAGCUCCACAAACAACGUCUCUCUCGUGUAUCUCUUAAUCAUUGUUUUUAAAUCAAAAUUUUUCUUAAGAGUGUUCUUCGUUUUUUCUUUGUAAUUUUCUUCCUUUCUUAUUGUAAUGGGCUGAUCAGAGAAAAGCCACUUUAUGUUAUUUGAUUUUCAUUAUUCUGUUUAUUUUUAUUUUAGCUGGACGGUGUGUCUGAAUAAUUCAAUGCCUUUCUCUUCUUCUCCUUUCUAAAUCUCUCUCCUCUCUCUCUAAACCGAAGAAGCCAUGGGCGACGAGCACUCUCUCAUCCCCAAGGAUAGUUUCGUCUUCAAGCUCCCUAAAAAAUCCCCACUUGUGUUGAGAAUGGUCGUUCUCAUGUUUGUAACGGUCUGCGCUGUCUACAUUUGCUCAAUCUGUCUUAAACAAAUCGGUGUCGUCCCAAGCGCUGGUUUCUUGAACGUCGAAGUGUUUGAGAAGCCUUGUCCUGAGCCCAACAUCGAACCAUGGGACAUACCAUAUGUGCAUUACCCUAAACCCAAGACAUACAACAGGGAGGAAUGCUCGUGCAAUCCUGUUAGAUAUUUUGCGAUUCUAUCGAUGCAGAGAUCUGGUAGCGGCUGGUUUGAGACUUUACUGAACAAUCAUACUAACAUAAGCUCCAACGGAGAGAUCUUUUCGGUUAAAGAUAGGAGGGCUAAUGUCUCCACCAUUUUCGAGACCUUGGACAAAGUAUAUAAUCUAGAUUGGUUGAGUAGUGCUUCUAAGAAUGAGUGCACUUCUGCCGUUGGUUUGAAGUGGAUGCUUAAUCAGGGUCUAAUGAAACACCAUGAAGAGAUAAUAGAAUACUUCAAAACCAGAGGCGUCUCUGCUAUUUUCCUCUUUAGAAGAAACCUCUUGCGCCGGAUGAUUUCGGUUCUUGCAAACUCUUACGAUAAAGAUGCUAAGCUAUUGAACGGUACUCACAAGUCCCACGUCCAUUCUCCUAAAGAGGCUGAGAUAUUGGCGCGCUAUAAACCGUUAAUUAACACAACCCUUUUGAUAUCGGAUCUGAAGCAAGUUCAAGAGAUGACUACAAAAGCACUUUCUUACUUCAAUACCACUCGCCAUAUUUUCCUCUAUUACGAAGAUGUUGUCAAGAACCGCACCAGACUAGAUGAUGUGCAAGAGUUUCUAAAGGUUCCAAAACUUAAUUUAAAGAGCAGGCAAGUGAAGAUUCAUCACGGUCCUUUGUCACAGCACGUACAGAACUGGGAAGAGGUUCAAAAGACAUUGAAAGGGACUGGUUUUGAAAACUUUAUACUAGAAGAUUACCGCAAGUGAAUUAAACACAGUAGGAGAGAGUGAUGUACAUAAACCUCUCUCAGGAUAAUGGUCAGACCAUCAACUUGUAGGAAAGUUUUGCUAGUGCCACAAGCAGGUUUUGCAAAUCUUUUUAUCUUUUAGUUUUCUCUUUUAAUCAAGGUGGUAGAUUUUAAUUUGAUUCAUUCUUUUAUCAGGGAACUAAGAUUUAUAUUGUAAUCAGAAACGACGAUCUGGUUCAUCCUCUUAAUUUGCUUCUAAUGAUUAGAUCAGUUUGUCACCAAAUAUGGUUUGUUAUGUAAACUUGAGGCAAACGGGAUCGAAAGCUCUUGCU